CCAAGGGCUAAGGAGCAAUCUUCCUGGUCAGGCCCAAUCUACAUCGCUACGCUUUGCGCCGCAACAGUUAGGCGGGAUCCGAAAUUCAAAACCUUUGUACACGUGGUGGGACAGGCUACGCCACGUUGUCUACUCAGUCGACGACCAGCCUCCAACCGCAUCUCUGUCCGUCCUUCGAUCACCGGCAUCUAUUCCGGGAAAAGUAUCCCACCACAGUAAAAUUCCCCCACCCCACCGAGUUCCGGCGACACCCAGCAGUCCGGUGGGAAAAGAAAUGAGGGAAAAACGUAUCAAAGUCGGACCAGACUUUAAACGCCCCGCCUAUCCCAACCACCCAGGCCACCUGGUCCACAGGCCACAACCACCAGGCGCGACGAUGGCCGGCGUUGGGAGGAAGCACAAAAUCAAUCGGAAAGUACCAACAGUACCUCGAUUCAAAUCCGUCGGUUUCAGCCCCACCUCCCGGCGAGCUGCAGUCUUUAGGGAAACAGGGCUUACUGAACAUCAUGAUAAAUAAAUCCCAAAAUACCCAGAAUAUCCUAGGAGAGUUAUCCGGACUUCUUUUCAGUGGUGACAACAGGAAGUCAGGAACUCCAAACCAGUAAACUGGGUAAUCCAUACCUGUGCCUCUAUUUAGACUUAUUUAUAUAGUUAAAUCAUGAAUAACAAAUUAAACCAAUGGAUAUUAACCUGCACUGUUUUAAAUUAUGAUGACCUGAUAUAUGAAUACACCAUACAUUACAGACUUUUUGAUUUUUUAUAGUUUACUUGCAACCUCGUAAAUGAAUGCAGCUCAUUAUGCAUGCAAUUUUCUCUCUCCAUAAAACGCUUAUACUUCGCAAUGGUCAAUAACUCAAUAUAGCUGGCAUACCCG